CUCGCAAACAAAAAUAAAUAAAAUAAAUUCCUUCACAAGCUCCAGCGCUUCUCUCUCUUGGUCUCUCCUCUCUGUCACUAACCAAACCCUAGAUUGCGAGAGGAGAAUUUCUGAAUAAAAGAUGAAUAUCGAAGACGAAAUCCAAAAAAGCAUCCAGUCCUUGGAGUUGGACUCCGCAGAUGAUAACAAUGGAGAAAUCGCUGCUCCUGAAGAAGUGAAAUCUGAAGAAGUUGAGACACAUGAUAAAAUGGAGGAAGAUGAUGUCAAGGAAGAGGUCCACUCAAGUGAUCAACAUUUGCACUCAGAGCCUACUGUUAAAGACGAGGAAAUGCCUAGUCCAGAUAAAGCUAAAGAGGUAGAAGAGAAAGAAGAACAGACAAAACGGCACUUGAAUGUCGUUUUUAUUGGUCAUGUUGAUGCCGGUAAGUCCACAGCUGGUGGGCAAAUUCUUUUUCUCAGUGGUCAGGUGGAUGAUCGAACAAUACAGAAAUAUGAGAAGGAAGCCAAGGAUAAGAGUCGUGAAAGCUGGUACAUGGCAUAUAUAAUGGACACAAAUGAGGAAGAGCGUGUAAAGGGAAAGACAGUGGAGGUUGGUAGAGCACAUUUCGAGACGGAAAACACGAGGUUCACAAUCCUGGAUGCCCCGGGUCACAAAAGCUAUGUCCCGAAUAUGAUCAGUGGAGCCUCUCAAGCGGAUAUAGGGGUGUUGGUAAUUUCUGCUCGGAAAGGAGAGUUUGAAACUGGAUAUGAAAGAGGUGGACAAACCCGAGAGCACGUCUUACUUGCCAAAACCUUGGGUGUUUCCAAGUUGCUCGUUGUAGUAAACAAAAUGGACGAUCCAACUGUGCAGUGGUCCAAAGAGAGGUACACUGAAAUAGAAUCGAAGAUGAUACCUUUCCUUAAAUCUUCGGGUUACAAUGUGAAGAAAGAUGUUCAAUUUCUUCCUAUUUCUGCUCUGCUUGGUUCAAACAUGCAAACACGUUUGGAUAAGAGUAUUUGUCCUUGGUGGGAUGGACCAUGCCUUUUUGAGGUUAUGGAUGUUAUUGAAGUUCCUCCGAGAGAUCCUAAAGGUCCAGUCAGGAUGCCAAUUAUUGACAAGUUUAAGGACAUGGGAACUGUUGUUAUGGGCAAAAUUGAAUCUGGCAGUAUCAGGGAGGGAGAUAAUUUAGUGGUUCUUCCCAAUAAGGCUCAUGUUAAAGUGCUUGCUGUAUAUUGUGAUGAAAACAAAGUAAGACGUGCUGCUCCUGGUGAAAAUGUACGUGUCAAAUUAUCCGGGAUUGAAGAGGAAGACAUAUUGGAGGGUUUUGUGUUAUGUAGUACUGCAAAUCCAAUAACUGCAGUUACCGAGUUCAAUGCCCAACUGCAAAUCCUGGAAUUGCUCGAUAACGCUAUUUUCACUGCAGGUUACAAGGCAGUUUUACAUGUUCAUUCUGCCGUUGAGGAGUGUGAAAUUGUUGAGCUGCUGGCACAAAUCGACCCUAAGACUAAGAAACCCAUGAAAAAGAAGAUUCUUUUUGUAAAGAAUGGUGCUGUGGUUCUAUGCCGGAUUCAGGUUAGUAACUUGAUAUGUGUAGAGAAGUUCUCAGAUUUUCCGCAGCUUGGGCGUUUUACCCUGCGUACUGAAGGAAAAACAGUGGCAGUGGGGAAAAUUAUUAGCAUGUAGAUUUCCAUAUCAGCUUUCUCUGAUUACUUCUGCGGGAUUGAGGAUUGCACAUUAAUCAAGGCUUAGAUGUUGCAUAUGGCAAGCACUGAUCAAAUACAGCAUGCUCCUCUCAAGGCACAUAUGUUUUCCUCCUUUUGAAAUUUAUGAACUCUGUAAAACCUUCGAGAUGGUUACUGAGAUAUGCUUAUUAGGGGUGUUUGUAGUAGCUCAUCCUUCUGUUGGUUGUGGGAUGAAUUUACUCUGGUUGGUACAGAUCCCUGUAGCAAAAGUUGGUUAGAAGUUGGAAUAUUAUUCCAAAGAGGCAGUUUGUAAUACCCUAUAUAAACUUGAAUUUUGGUUCGUGAUUUAUAGACAUCUGAUCAGAGCACUUAUUAAAAAAGCAAACAGUACUCUACUAGAGUUGCGUUGGGUUUCUAUCAGUUGGUCUUAAAUGCACGUUUUGUUUGGAUA